GUUGCGCGGGAAACCGUGGACAUGGAGACGGCGAACGGCUCGGAGGCGGGGGCCGCGGACGGGCGGGAGGCCGAGGUCCCGGGCUGCAGUAGCAGCAGCAGCAGCAGCGCUGCGGGGCGAACUGCCUCCGCCGGUGCCACUUACGAGUUGCCCUGGGUUGAAAAGUACAGACCUUUGAAACUGAAUGAAGUUGUGGGAAAUGAAGAAACAGUCAGUCGGCUGGAGGUUUUUGCAAGAGAAGGAAAUGUACCAAACAUCAUUAUUGCAGGUCCACCUGGCACUGGAAAAACAACUAGCAUCUUGUGCUUAGCACGAGCACUGUUGGGUCCUGCACUGAAGGACGCUGUUCUUGAACUCAAUGCCUCAAAUGACCGAGGUAUCGAUGUGGUUAGAAACAAAAUUAAAAUGUUUGCACAGCAGAAGGUUACGCUACCAAAAGGUCGUCACAAGAUCAUCAUCCUGGAUGAAGCAGACAGUAUGACGGAUGGAGCCCAACAAGCCUUAAGGAGGACAAUGGAGAUUUACUCUAAAACUACACGGUUUGCACUGGCAUGCAAUGCUUCAGAUAAAAUCAUAGAGCCUAUCCAGUCUCGUUGUGCUGUUCUACGUUAUACAAAACUUACCGAUGCUCAAGUCCUUGCAAGACUGAUGCAGGUGGUUGAGAAGGAGAAUGUCCAAUAUACAGAUGACGGACUAGAAGCCAUCAUCUUUACAGCACAAGGAGACAUGAGACAGGCUUUGAACAACUUGCAAUCAACACAUUCAGGAUUUGAGUUUGUGAACAGUGACAAUGUUUUCAAGGUGUGUGAUGAACCUCAUCCUCUCCUGGUAAAAGAGAUGAUUCAGCACUGUGUUAAUGCAAACAUUGAUGAGGCAUAUAAGGUUGUUGCUCAUCUCUGGAAAUUGGGUUAUUCACCUGAGGACAUCAUUGGCAACAUCUUCAGAGUCUGUAAAACUUUCCAAAUGCAGGAGUACCUGAAACUGGAAUUUAUAAAGGAGAUUGGGUACACACACAUGAGAAUUGCAGAAGGAGUGAACUCCUUGUUGCAAAUGGCUGGAUUACUUGCUCGACUUUGUCAAAAGACUGCAGCUCCACCUGCAAGCUGAUCCAUGAGUAAUAUCCUCCAGGGUGUUUAUGUUUACAAAGGCUUGUAUGUGAACUGAAUUAGAUACAUACGAUCACUCUUCUUGUAUGUUCGGGAUUCUGUAGAUCAGUUUUUGUAACUUUUCUUUUGGAACUUCUUAAAAAUUCACAUAAUAAAUGUGACAAUCUUGAUAUUUACC